AUGAAGUUCACCGCCUCCGUUCUUGCUCUCCUCGCCGUCGCCACUGGCGCUCUCGCCUCUCCUCACGGCGGACCUCCUCCCCCUCCCCCUCCCCCCCCUCCUCCUGCCCCCAAGAACAACAACAACAACAACCAGGGCAACCAGUGCGGUAACGGCCAGUCUCUCUACUGCUGCACCUCCUCUGGCAAGAACGCCGAUGUUGAGUGUAUCUCUUUCACCAACGGUGGUCUUGGAGGCGUUUGCAACGGUAUCCAGAUGUGCUGCAACAACAACAACGGAAACCAGGGCUGCAACUUCAACGUUGGCGGUGGCACCAUCACCAUCAAGAAGACUGUCAAGAACUUCGGCUGGUAA